AACAGCCUUCUCCUGCCUUCUCUGCACCCGGAAGACUCAACUCUUGCCAAGAUGUCCUGCCAGCAGAACCAGCAGCAGUGCCAGCCCCCACCCAAGUGCCCCUCACCCAAGUGUCCCCCAAAGAGCCCAGCACAGUGUCUGCCUCCAGCUUCCUCUGGCUGUGCCCCAAUCUCCGGGGGCUGUGGCUCCAGCUCCGAGGGCGGCUGCUGCUUGAGCCACCACAGGCGCCACCACCGAUGCCGGCGCCAGCGCUCCAACUCCUGUGACAGGGGCAGUGGUCAGCAAGGCGGGGGCUCCGGCUGUGGCCACAGUUCUGGGGGCUGCUGCUGAUCCAGAUCCUGAGGCCGAGACAAGCAAUUUUGGAGGAAACAAGAAUCCCAGGGGACGAGGAACAGCCCCAUGCUGAUGCACGCUUUCCGGGCUGAGCUGGGGGUUUCCUGUGGAGGAUCCGAGCUCUCCCCAGAAAGCACUUCCUGUUUUAUGUCCAAAAUGUCACCUUUUCCCUUACUGCUGUACCUGUGGAGGACCGGCAGUGCUUGUGCCUGACAUUGUCAAAAAAUAAAGCUUUUUGUCCUCAUUA